GUGUCUUGACUUAAGAAAGCUUCUUUGUGCCCUCCCCAUGCACACUCAAAAAAGCAUGAAGGACAAGCUAAUGGUGAUAGUGACCACGUAACAGCUCACUGAAGGGACGUAUUCGGACCGUAAAAAAGAUAAUCAACUAAUAAAAAUGUCUGACAGAAUCGUAGAUGAGGAACCAGCGGCUGUCACUCACACAGGACCAAAGGGUGUCAUCAAUGACUGGCGUAAAUUUAAACUGGAGAGCAUGGACCAGGAGGCUCUGCCUCCCAACAAGAGAGAGCUUCUAAGACAGAUGUCGUCCCCCCACAAACCCAGAGACUCCUGUGUGCGUGGAUUCAAUCGCAAGAUGAGCGCUCAGGAGUAUGAGCUGAUAAAGGAAGAUGAUGAGAAAAGUCUGCGUAAGUACCGCAAGCAAUGCAUGGAGGAGAUGCACGAACGCCUGAGCUUCGGGCCCAAAUUUGAGGGCGUGUACGACCUUGACAGUGGCGAGGCCUUCCUGGAGGUCAUUGAGAAGGAGCACCGGCUCACAGUGGUGGUGGUGCACAUCUUCAAUGAUGGAGUGCAGGGGUGCGAGGUGCUUAACAGUUGCAUGGAUUGCCUGGCCACAGAAUAUCCCAGCGUUAAAUUCUGCCGCAUUAGCGCCGCCGCCACUGGAGCUGGGGAGCGUUUCUCAGAUGACGUGCUGCCCGCCUUGUUAGUGUACAAGGCUGGAGAGCUUCUGGGGAACUUCCUGGCUGUUACGCGGCAUUUCAGCGAGGAGUUCUUUGCUACCGAUGUAGAGGCCUUCCUCAGUGAGUAUGGACUGCUGCCAGAGAAGGAAUGUGGCCCUGGAGCUGAUGAGGAUGAAGCAGAUGUGGAGUGAUGAAAUAUAGCAGAAAGUAAGAAUGGAUUAAAUGAAUGGGAGGAAUGUUUUUCUGAAUAUGACAAGAAUAAGUUUCAUUAUUCUUCCAGCUAACAUGAUGAGAUGCUUCCGUGUGCACAUGCAGCUCAGGGUAAAGAUCUCUUUGAGCACAGUAGAGAAAACUACUGAAUGUUUUGUAUAGUACAACAAGAAAUGGAAUAAAGCCGAGAAAGAUAAUGAGAUAUUCAACUAUCAUGUUUUCUCAUAUAAACAAAUAGACAACUGCAUAAAUAUUAAAUAGAUAAGAAUGAAUUAGUGUCAUGUGGAAUACUUAUGUACAUAUUGUACAUGUGAUUGCAUGUAGCCAAAGAUGAUGCAAAUGAGAAUGGUCCAUGAUUGGUUCUUCUUAAAUUAAUAGUUCGCCCAAAAAUUAAAAAUGAAUGAAAAUAUACUCACCCUCUUGCCAUUCAAGAUGUAGUUUGUUCCUUUACUAGAACAGAUUUGGAGAAAUUUAGCAUUACAUCACUUGCUCACAAAUUAAUGCUCUGCAGUGAAUGGGUGCCAUCAGAAUGAGAGUCCAAACAGCUGAUAAAAACAUCACAAGAGUCCAGUAAUUCACACUACUGCAGUCUGUUAAUUAGCAUCUUUUGAAGUGAAAUGCUACAUGUUUGUAAGAAAUAAAUCAAGGCAUUUUAACUUUAAACCAUUGCUUCUGGCCAAAAUACGAAUCGAUAAUCCAUAAAAAUGCUUCCUUCCAUGAAAAAAUCCAUCCCUUGUGUUUUCACAUCAAAAUCACAAGACAUUAUCAUAAUCAUAAGACAUAUUUGUUUUGAAAAUUUGUAGAUUUUCACUUCACAAGGC